AUGUUUCUACUACUGUGUUAUUUAAGUAUUUUAAGUGAUACAAGUGCCGUGAUAUAUAAAAAUAAAUUAGGCAGGGAAAUAGAGAUACAGCCGCUCGAAGAAGCACAUUAUUCAAAUCCGAUACAAGUGAAUGGAGUGAUAUAUAGAACUUUUAAGAAAUAUUAUUGUGAGGUGUUCAAGGAUUUUGAAAAUAGCCGGACGCUGCUGCGAGGGAGCAAGGCCUGGACGUUUCCUCGGCAAGACGUAAACCUCACACUGGCAUACCCUUCCGCCGAACACGCCGAUCUACAAAUAAGAAUAGAGAAAGACUACGUUAUAACAGGGUACCUGGUGAUAUUGUUCACGGACGGCUUGCGAGGCAGCGCCUACAUACAAUCUGGAGGGAUACUGGAGAACACCAUAAGCCUGACAUUCAUCAGUGAGGGAAUAACGACCCUUUCAUACCAGUUCUGGCUGUAUGGAGCCCAGCGGAGCAGCAUACCAACAGAAGAAUACAACUACGUCAUGUGUUAGACGG